GGUAGGAUGAAUGAGAAGUUUGAUUAAUUGGGAUUUGUUUGUUUUUAUGGUUUUGAAGGUGUGUAUUUUGAUUGAAAUGAGUUGUUAUUGGGUAGAAAUAGAUUUUGAGGAUUCAUAUAGCGGAUUCCAUCUUGUUUGGGAUUUAGGCGUAGUAGAGUAAUAGUAAUUGUUGAUGGUGUAUUGAUAUGUUUUCUGUGAUUUGAUGCUGUUGUUUACAAAUAUAAUUGGAAAACCAUGGUAUACAAUCCAAACAUUUGCUAUUACUUGAAUUGAAGAUGUUAGAAGAAUUUACGAGUUUGAUAUAGAUGUUAACUGGGUUGAAAUUGGUCAAAACCGUGUAGAAUAGAUUUUGAGGAUUCAUAUAGCAGAUCUCCGAUUUGUUUGGCAUUUAGGCAUAGUAGUAAUAAUAGUUGUUGUUGUUGUGGAAGAUGUUGUAUUCAUAUGGUUCUUGAGCUUUGAAGUUGUUGUCUAGUAAUUUAAUCUGGAAAACCAUGGUAUACAAUUCAUACUUUUGCUAUUACUAGGAUUGAAGAUAUUAGAAGAUUUUUGAGUUUGAAGAUGUGGAUUUUGUAAUAAUGUUAACUGGAUAGAAAUUGGGUAGAAUAGGUUUUGAGGAUACAUAUAGUGGAUCCCAACUUAUUUGGGAUUUAGGCGUAGUAGUGGUAGUAAUAGUAGUUUUUCUUUUUUUUUUUUUUGAUGACCGUGGUGUCUGGACCAGCAGAAGCAGUAGCCACUGAUGGUGUAUUGAUAUGUUUUCUGGGCUUUGAUGUUGUUGGAGAUGUCAGAAGAAUUGUUUAUUUUGAUAUCGAUGUUGAAUGGAUUGAACUUGGUCAAAAUGGAGUAGAAAAGAUUUUGCGGAUUCAUAUAGGGACCCCAGCUAGUUUGGGAGUUAGGUUUGGUAGUAGAAGUUGUUGAUGUAGUAUUGAUAUAUUUCUUGGGCUUUGAUGUUGUUGUCUAGUAAUUUAAUCUAGAUAAUCAUGAUAUACAAUUAAACUUUUGCUAUUACUUGAAUUGGAGAUGUUAGAAGACUUUAUAGGAAGUGGUUGUUGUUUGAUUUCUUGGUGCGCUAAAUGCGGCCAUGCCUUGUACUGUUAUUUAAUUUUUUUUUGGCAAAAAAUACGUGUAGAAUCACUCUCGUUUGGUAAUUUAUGUGGAAACCUCUUUUGCUGAACUCUGAUUUGUUUCCAAUCUUGAAUUAUACUGGCAAGAUAUGCCUACCUUAAAGAACCAUAUUCAAUGUUCUAUGGAUCUGAGUCUGAGAUUUAUAUCUGCCUUCGUGAAGUUCUACUCCAUUUGAUUUUAUUUUGUAUUGGAAUGAAAAUAAUUGAGGGUUCCUUGAGCCAAGGGAUAUCAGAAACGACCUCUACCUCCCACGGUAGGGUAAGCUCUGUGUACACUCCUCCUUGACCACUCUCCAGACUCCACUUGUGAAAUUACAUUGGGUAUGGUGUUGUGAUGAAAAUGAUUGAGGAUACCUGGUGUCUAUUACAUGAAUUUAGAGAACUAAAGGAAAAGGGAAUAGGGAUCUGUUGGUAUCUUUGGGGCAUAGCUAUCAUUGGGUUCAUUUAGAUUUUGACAAACUUCUUCAAGUCUGGCCGCUAUAAAAACUUCCAGCUUCUCUCGCACCUCUAAGUGGGUGUGGGGCAAGAACGAGGGGGUGAUUUUACUAUGUGUUUUGAGGAGAUCAAGAUCAUCACAUAUCUGGAGAUUGUGCCGUGUCUCAGCAGGGCUCACACUUGAUUAUGGCUAAGAUUGCCCUGUGCUAAGUCCUUCAGUCAUGUGACCUUAUUUUGCUGAAAUUCUACAGAUUACCAGUUUAGAAAAAUAUUAGAAUAUUAGAGCUCUUCAAUAUCUCGAAAGUGAUUAAAUCUCAUGUGAACCCAAUUUCUUUUUCUUUUUUAAAGAUGUUUAAGUUUUCAUGCUUCCCAGCUCACAUCCAUUCCCACAGGCAAAAGAAAACAGUUCAACUAUCUGCUGAAGCAAUGCAUAAAAGACUUGAAGAUUGUUCACAGAAUCACACCAUGAAGGAUUUUGCUUACUUGUCCACAACUAGUGCAUCAUGUGCGGCGGAUGGAGAUGCUCUCGAGAACUAUGCAGAUCAUGCUUCAGAUUCUUCUCGCUUAGAGCAUGAUUAUAAAUCUGAGGAAUUAAAGAGCAAAUCUAAUACUGAAUGUGAAGUCAUACAUAACAAUGCACAUAUGAGGAAAAGUUUAUCUUUGGGUAGUAGUAUACAUUUGGAUGGAAGAGUUGCCAGUGGCAAUAACUCAGAGCAUGAGAGUGGUAGAUAUUCUUGUUAUGAAUCAGAUGAUCAAUGCGGAUCAACAACUGCAGAUGAUGGGAAGGAAUUUAACUUGGUUGGUUUAUUUCACAAAGCUGGACCCUCUGAUUCUGUUCAAAUUGGAGAUGCAAAAGAGUCAGAAAAAGAGGGACAGGAGAACUAUGAGGUUCAGUUGUCUAGUGCAAAUGAGUCUGGUGACUGUUCACCUCGUACUUCUCCUUGUAUUGUAAAAUCAAGUUCAUUGCCUAACAUUCAUUCCCCAGGUCGACAAUUUAUCCUCAACUGCCAUCGCUCCAGAUCUGCUGAGGACUUGAAUAUUUUAGAUGCAAGACGGAAAGAACAUUUUGUGGAUGAGGUAGCAAACAAGGUGAUGAAACAUGAAAAGGAAGAUAGUUUACAUAAUAAUGGAAAAGGUUAUGAUGAAACCCCACCGGAUGAGAAUUUUGAUACAGAUAACUAUGUUGGCUCAGCCAAAGACUGGAUACUACCUGGGAUGGAUGAGGUUAACAUGAAGAGGCAUGUUAAUGGAGAAUCUACAUUUUUCCGAUGGAAUGAACUGACAGGCAAUGAUUUUAAGACAAAACGUAUUGAGGAGUGGGUUACAGACCUUCAGCAUUGCGGCAGAUUUGAAGAAACAGAUGACUUUUCUGUUCCUGAGAAUGGACCUGAAGUGCAAAAAGGUAAAGCUUUCUUGGAUGCUUCUCCUGUUGCAAAGUUGGAUGGUCAGGUCAUACCUGGUGCAGAAAGUAUAAAGAAAUAUAUCUCUUCAUUGAGUGCCAAUGCCACAUCAGCUCAGAUGAUAAAUCAUGGGUUGGUUGUGAUUCCAUUUAUCAGUGCUUUUGUGAGUUUGAGAGCACUUAACUUAUCAGGGAAUUCCAUAGUGAGGAUAACUGCUGGUGCUCUCCCUCGAGGGCUUCAUAUUCUGAAUUUGUCCAGGAACAGUAUCGCAGUUAUUGAAGGAUUGCGUGAACUUACACGACUUCGUGUUCUUGAUCUGAGCUACAAUCGACUAGUGAGGAUUGGACAUGGUCUUGCUUCAUGUUCUUCCUUGAAAGAGCUGUACCUAGCUGGGAAUAAAAUCAGUGAGGUUGAGGGUCUUCACCGCCUCCUAAAAUUGAAUGUCCUGGAUUUGAGAUUCAACAAAAUAUCUACAGCCAAAUGCUUGGGCCAACUUGCAGCUAAUUAUGGUUCUUUACAAGCAAUCAGCCUGGAAGGGAACCCUGCCCAGAAGAAUGUUGGUGAUGAACAACUGAAAAAGAAUCUUCAAGGCCUUCUUCCGAAUCUCAUUUACUUCAACAGAAAACCCGUCAAGGUGAAGGACACAGCAGACAGAUCUGCUAGAUUAGCCGUUGGUGCUCAUCAGCUCGAUCGAGGUCUCAAGCCGGUCAAGGCUAUGCGGAAGGCAAGCCAUGGUGUUGUCACACACAAAGCAUCAUCUUCAUCAACCCAUGGUCGUAAAAGUCAAAAAGUGACCUCAACAAAACCAUCCAAAAGUAGACCCACUGCCCGCCUGCCCCCUAUUGGAACUAAAACUACUACACGGCCACAGGUCUAUGACUUCAGCAGCAAACUUCUUAGCUUCAGUCCUGACCUGUCUAUGCGCAGGACCCGGAGUGAGGGAACACUUGGUGUGAUUUGAGGAUCACAGUAUUUAACUUAAGAUACUUUAACGUGGUCCUCCUGUUUCAGUGUUUGAACUAGUAUUUUAAUUAGGGAAACCCUAUCCCUUUAGUUUUAGUUUCCCAGGAAGAUCAGCAAGGCAGCCUGCACUUGCAAACUUCAGUCGACUUGUGCCUUUAUUUCAGUUCUAUGCUUUAGCUGUUAUUGAAUUUCUAUGUUUUAAGGACAAUAUAGUUGUGUGGUAGUAUUUGCUUGCCUCAUAUGUCCAUAACAGUUUCAUAUUUCUUGAAUCAUCUUUCUGGAUACAAUAAGAAGUGCAUUGUUUCCCAAA